UAAAAUAUAAUUAUGCACACAUUUUUUUUAUUUUUUAAGCAUACUAUGUACACACUUAUCGUCAAUCAAUAUCACAAUAAUUACACGUAAAAUCCUCUAGAAUAAUAGUUAGUGAUUAAUGACACAAGGCGAAGUAACAUACAGAUUCGCCGCGGCUGUGGGCUUUAUGUUGGUUGGUCUUCAGUUCACCCACCGGCAACAUCCAUCAUCACCCCUCACUGACCUUAUUCUCAAUAUCAAGGUUUUUAUUGACUUCAUUCUGAUGUUUACCUUCGCAAGUUGCUAAUAAUUCAAGAUGCUUGCAAUACGAAAACUCAAAAAAGGACCAGAUCUCCCCUAUGUUUUAUGUUUAAUGAUUGCUAAUUGCAAUUAUGGUACAGCCCAAGUUUCCAAUAAAAGAAGUCUCCAGUCUAUUGUGAAGUUUGUUGGCCCUUGUUUAGCCAAGUCAAGUUCAACGGCACUUCUACUGGGAUUUAGGAAUAGAUUCUUCCUUCAAGGACUAUAUAUGUCAAGUAUGGCUGAAAGAAUCCUUGUCCAGGCUCAAGACCCGGCCAAAGUUACUAUAGAAAUACAAAAUGCCAUCAAUGACAACCAAUUAGAUUAUUCUUGGAAGUUACUUGAGCAGCAUAAGCACAUGGAGGGAUUUCCAAGAAAAUCUCUCUUCAACGUGAUUAUAACUAGUUAUGUGGAAAGCCUUGAUACGCAAUGGCUACAAAAAGCUUAUGAUUUGGUACAACGUGCUGGUGAAGAUGGUAGAAAAGACUUGUUGGAGAAGGAGCUUCUUAUAUACCUUAGCUAUGGCCUUGCAAAAGUUAGACUACCAGUUCUUGCAUCAACCAUUUUAAGAAAGAUGAUUGAUAUGGAGCAUUUUCCUCCUGUUACUGCUUGGUCUGCGGUUUUGGCACACAUGUCACAAACAGCAGAUGGAAGUUUCCUUGCUGCUGAGUUGAUUCUUGAAAUAGGUUAUUUAUUCCAAAACAAUAGAGUGGAUCCUCGUAAAAAGAUCAAUGGCCCUUUGAUUGCCAUGAAACCAAACACCAAUGCCUUUAAUAUUGCGUUGGCAGGGUGUCUCGUAUUUGAGAAAUCUAGGAAGGCGGAGCAGCUUCUUGAUAUGAUGCCUCGGAUUGGUGUCAAAGCUGAUGCGAACUUACUGAUAACAAUGGCACGUGUAUACGAGAGAAAUGGGCGAAGAGAAGAGCUUAUGAAGCUGCAAAGGCACAUAGAAGAAGCCCCAAACCUAACUGACAUACAGUUCCGACAGUUCUAUAAUUGUUUGCUUACAUGCCAUUUGAAAUUUGGGGAUCUUGAUUCUGCAUCCAACAUGGUUUUGGAAAUGCUUCGGAAAGCAAAGGAAGCAAGAAAUUCUCUUGGAUCUGCCAAAUUCUUGAUCAAUACAACUAAAACUGAUCAUAGCUCUUCUCCUAGACCAGCUUCUGCGCAUAAUUUGAGCAACAGUAAAGAUUUGGAGAGUGUCAAAAUUGACCAGCUAAUAAAAAAUGAUGUCUUAUCUUAUGAGGAAUUCUCCAAAGAUCGAAACUUCUUGAAACUUGAAGCGGAGUCAAAAGCUGUUCUCAGUUCUUUAUUUGCUAAGUUGCAGACGCAGGUUGAUUUGAUUACAACCGUACAUGGUAUACUGCAACCAACUGAAACAAUUUAUGUGAAAUUAGUUAAAGCUUUUUUAGAGGCCGGUAAGACCAAGGAAUUGGCAGUGUUUCUUCUAAAGGCAGAAAGAGAAGACUCCCCGUUUUCCAAUGACAAUUCAGCCUUGGUUCAUGUUAUUAAUUCAUGCAUAUCGCUUGGAUGGUUGGACCAAGCACAUGAUCUCCUUGAUGAGAUGCGUCUAGCUGGAGUUAGAACUGGUUCAUCUGUAUAUGCUUCUCUUUUGAAAGCCUAUUGUGUAGCAAAUAGGGCUGCAGAUGUGGCAUCACUUCUGAGAGAUGCUAGGAAGGCUGGUAUCCAGCUUGACUCAAACUCUUAUGAGGCAAUGAUCCAAUCCAGGGUGCUCCAGGAAGACACACAGGGAGCACUUCAACUUUUUAAAGAGAUGAAGGAAGCUAGGAUUCCCAAAGUUAGUCAACAAUAUUCUGGCAAGCUGGCUAAAAGUGUUUCAGAUUCAGAUUCAGAUGAAGCUGCACUUAUGACAAAGCUGGUCCAGGAAAUCAAGGACGGACAGAAAGUGGAUUGUGGAGUUCAUGACUGGAAUAAUGUAAUCCACUUUUUUAGUAAGAAGAGACUAAUGCAAGAUGCAGAAAAGGCUCUAAAGAAGAUGAGAAGCUUAGGUCACACACCUAAUGCACAAACUUUCCAUUCUAUGGUCACUGGGUAUGCUGCCAUUGGGGGGAAAUAUCUGGAGGUAACAGAGCUGUGGGGUGAGAUGAAAUCACUUGCUUCUAAGUCCUCCAUAAAGUUUGAUCAGGAACUUCUAGAUUCUGUCUUGUAUACAUUUGUGAGGGGUGGAUUCUUCAUCCGUGCCAAUGAAGUUGUGGCAACGAUGGAAAAAGGAAAAAUGUUUAUUGACAAGUACAAAUACAGAAUGCUAUUCUUGAAAUAUCACAAAACACUUUACAAAGGCAAGGCUCCGAAAUUUCAGACAGAAUCACAACUAAACAAAAGGGAAGCAGCCCUGACUUUUAAAAGGUGGAUAGGCAUGAUUUGAGGAAGUGGCAACCAGUGGUUAGCUCUUUUAGGUUUGAAGGCAUUAUCUUCAUGACCAUAUGAAGUUAAUUUUUUUUUCCUUCUCAUUUUCUAGAUUUAGAUUUGUAAGAGAACACUAAUGUACUACCAAUGUGAAAAAGAAAAGAAAAAAAAACACACUAUUUCACUUAAAAAUAUGUUAUCUUCA